GGUCUUGCAGGGAUGGGGAAGGCGAAAAAGGGGAAGCACCGGCUGGAUCGCUUCUACUACCUCGCCAAGGAGCAGGGCUACCGCUCUCGUGCCGCAUUCAAGCUCGUGCAGCUCGAUCGCAAGUAUGGCUUCCUCAGCUCGGCGCACUCGCUGCUGGAUUUGUGCGCGGCGCCCGGGGGAUGGAUGCAGGUGGGCGUGAGGUCUGUGGUAAUCGGCGUGGAUCUGGUGCCGAUUCGCCCCGUGAGAGCGCUCCAGGGCGAUAUCACCACUCCAAAAUGCGCGUCGGAUAUUGGGAAGAUUCUCGACCAGAAUGGGUUGAGAAUGGUCGAUGUUGUGCUCCACGAUGGCUCCCCCAAUGUGGGAGGUGCCUGGGCCAAAGAAGCCAUGACGCAGUCGUCUCUUGUCCUGGAUUCUUUGAAGUUGGCUACCAAGUUUCUGGCUCCCAAAGGAACGUUUGUCACCAAGGUUUUUCGAUCCCAAGAUUAUAACGCGCUGAAGUAUGCAUUUGAACAGCUGUUUGCCAAGGUGGAAGUAGCAAGUCGUUCGACAUCAGCUGAAAUAUACGUGGUUGGUCUCAAGUAUCUGGCACCCGUGAAAAUCGAUCCGCGUAACUUGGACCCUCGCUUUUUAUUUGAAGAGAUUCCUCAGCCCCCAAAGGUGAUCGACGUUCUUCGUAGUAGUAAACAGAAACGUCACCGCGAGGGAUACGAUGACGCUAACACUACCUUUCGUAAAGACUGCACGGCAGCAGACUUCGUCUGGUCCGAAAAACCUCUAGAGCUUCUUGGUAGCAUCACGUCUAUUUCGUUUGAUGAUCCGAAAAGUUCGCCAAUCAAAGACCACGCUGAAACAUCUGACGAGAUAAAGGCAUUAUGCGAAGAUCUUAGAGUUCUGGGGAAGAAAGAAUUCAAGCAACUUUUGAAGUGGUCUGUGAUGCUGUGCUCCCUGGGAUGAAGUUAGUAGCCAGCAUCUCUAAGGAGAACAAAGAGCCAGAGUACUUCUCACUGGAGGUAGCCGCUUCUCGGUCGCUUUGAACUCCAGUAUGUUGAGGAUCUUUUGGAGAGGUCUGGAGAUCUUUUCGAUGAGGAAGAAGAAGAGAUAUCAUUUCUCUUCCUCGUCAAUAGCAGCUUGGAAAUCCACGGGACGAAAGGUGUUAUGUGGUCCACUCCAACGAUCGGUGGUGUUACUGAUCAAGCAGGGUACCAGUUCCUCAAGAUCUACUCGAAUGGAGAGCCCCGGUUUACCUCGAGAUCAUUCAGCACCGGCAACAGCACGAAGAGCAUCAACUUAAACCCGCUCUUCUUCGGGAAAAGCUCGCUUACUCGAACCUGUGGGAUCUCGUUCGAGACAGCUGAAGGAUGCCUCUGCAUCGUUCACGAAGUACGUUUCUUCCGGGGACAAGGAGGGAUGCAAGCACCUGUAAGAACCUGCGAGAACUCGCAACAUUACUACAUGCUCGAAGCCAAAGGACGAUACUUCUACAAACCUCUAGAUUUAUCCAGUGCGCUCCACAACGUCACUCCAGCAGCGUGCAUGGCCCUGUGUGUCAAAAACUGUUCGUGCAAAGGGAUGCUAAGCCAGGAGAAACGACUACCUGUUUCCAGAUGACCGAAGUUUUUUCUCUGAACAAAACUCGCAACGUCGUCGAUCAAGCUUUGCUGUUUUCGAUCAAGUUGUACCAAGCUGGAGAUCUUCCGAAGCUCUCAACACCAGGCAACUCACAAAGUCGCCAAAUACCAAAAACAGGCAAAGCCAGCCAUCGUCGCGGUUUUCUCUGUGGCGACCAUGGCUAUAAUCAUCAUCGCAAUGGUGAUCUGGAAGAAACAGAUAAACUCGUACCUCAAACACUACAAACCAUCGUUGAUGCGCGUCUUUAAUUACCCGGAGCUCCUCACUGCAACCAAAGCCUUCAGUGAGAAAAUCGCAAGUGGAGGCGUUGGCACGGUUUUCGAAGGGAUACUCUCCGUUGCCGUGAAACGGCUGGAGAGCUUCUCGAGCCAAGGAUACAAACAGUUCAAGGCGGAGGUGAGAGCGAUCGGAAUCAUCCAUCACAAGAACCUUGUAAGACUCAAAGGCUUUUUUUCCCAGGAAUCACACUACUUCCUGA